AUGGUCUCCCUCCGCCCCCUCCUAUCGCCCUCAACCGCCCUCCUCCGCCAAUUCCUCCCCCGACACAACACCACCCUCCAAUUCCUCACCCGCCCAUUCUCGCAAUUAUCGCGCCUAACGAUAAGCAAUGGUCUUCGGCUCCUGAGAUCGGGAAAUGCCGCUGCGGCUACCGGUCAAACGCAGGUGGGCGCUGUUUCUGGCGCUGUGAAGCAGCUUGAGCAGGUCCGCGGAAUGAAGACGCGGUCUUCAGUUAAGAGGCUUUGUGAUGGGUGCAAGCCUGUGCGGAGAAAGAAUCGGGUUUACAUUAUCUGCUCGAAGAACCCGAAACACAAGCAGCGCCAGGGCAAAUAG